CUACCAAAAUUAAAUAUAUUUAAAUGAAUGCAUUAAAUUUCAAUAGUGAUGAUUGUAAUAAUGAGCAAGAUUUCGUUGGCGAACAAAAAAUUCCAAGUUGUUCAAACGGUCGGAACUCACAAAUAAGUCACAAUAUUAUGAGAUAUGACAAUUUAAGUGAAAGUUCAAGUACACCAGAUUCGUUGAAAAAUGAAGAAUUGGUUGGUGUAAGAUUCUCUUUAGUGAAAAAUUUUUCAAAAUUGUGGAGACGAUGAACAAAACUCCUCAUCAAAGAAGAAUGUGUGGCUUAAUUGGUAGUUAUCAAGUGUGCGGAAAAAAAUUAAAGGUUCGCUUCGUAUUAGUUCCAAUUUUAUCAAGCAUUUGAAAAAGGAACACCAACAAAAAUUUUGCGAGUUCAAGUGAAUCAAAGAUGAAAGAAGGCGUAAGCCGCAAAAGCUCUUUUAACCAUGACAUUUUGGAUUUUAUUUGCAACACAACGUCUCCCUUGUCCACAGUCAGUAACCAAAGUUUUAAAAAACUAUUUCCUGGUAAAAGUUACUUUUCGAGAGCCACACUAAAUAUGUUCAAAAUCUGGUCAUUGAGCUGAAGAACAUUGAAUACGUGUGCGUAACUGCAGAUGUAUGGUCAGGUGGAAAAAAAUCAUUUUUUGGUAAAUAAGCAAUAUAAAUUACCCGUGGAAAAAAUGGUUUAUACGAUUACUGACAAUGGAUCUAACUUCGUUAAGGCAUUUAAAGAAUUUGGAGUUGAAUUAAGACCUAUAAAUGAAUGCGACAGUGAUGACGGAUCUGACUCUGAUUCCGAUUCAAAUGACUCAAUAAUUGCUUUAGGUCCUCAAUUUCGAUCUGUAACUCCACGCCUGUCAAAACACUUUCCUUGUGCAAGCCACACUUCAAAUCUUUUGGCUUCAACCGAUUUCAACAAAAUUUUGAAUUCAUCAAGUCAGGAUAUUAAAAAUAUUCACAAAAGAUCUUUCCAAAGAUGCACACAGCUUUGGAAUAAAUGCAAUAGACCAAAAUCUGCAGAAGUAGUUAAUGAAGUUAUAAACGCGAAUUUAAUAACUCCAUGCAUAACAAGGUGGAACUCUCUUUAUGAUUCCGUUACGAAGUUGCUGCAACACAAAACCAAUUUAGCAGAAUUGUGUUACCGUUUAAAAAUUCCUACCAUUCUCAGCGAAGAAGUUGAGUACUUAGAAGAGUACGCAAAGCUUAUGAGGCCUAUUGCAGAAGCGAUCGACUUCCUUCAGGGCGAAAAGACCAUGUAUUUUGGUUACUUUAUCCCCACUAUAGUGACUUUGAGAAUAAAACUACGUCGUUUGGAGCCUGCAAGCUUUAAGUAUUUAUCCGAAAUAAGCAAAAAAAUGCAAAUAGUUUUGCUUAAAAGAUUUGAAAAGUACUUCCUGAUUCAGUCUGAUGCUUGGGACGCUGUUAUUGCCGCUAUUUCUGUCCCUGACAUUAAAUUGCGAUUUUUAAAAGCCCUUUUAGAAAGAGCAACGACGGAAACAGAGAAGUGAAAAAAAUGUUCAACACUUAUGUGGUGAAGUAUGGAAAGAUAGCAGAUGACGCAACACGUGUUCCGCCUCAAACUACUCAAAAAACCUUCCUUGAUUUCGGGGAAGAAAGUAAUGAUAUAAGCAUACAGAGUGGUUCCACUGACUCAGGCAAUUAUCUUCAGGAAACGCUUUUAUACCUGGUGGAACGAGACGCCACAACAAGUUGUUUAAAUAAACAUCAGGCUAUUAAAAACGUUUUUCUAAAAUAUAAUACCCCAUUACCGUCGUCUGCACCUGUAGAACGGUUGUUUUCUUUCGCUGGUAUUGUUAACCGGUCUAGAAGGCAAAAACUCAGCGAUGCAAAUUUCGAAAUGCUUGUUUUAAGAAAAGCUAAU